AUGGCGAGUGUGCAUGAAAGUUUGUAUUUUAACCCCAUGAUGACUAACGGGGUGGUCCACGCUAACGUGUUCGGCAUCAAAGACUGGGUGAGCCCGUAUAAAAUCUCCGUGCUGGCGCUGCUGUAUGAGAUGUCCUCCUCUAAGAUCACCCUGCCUGAGAGGAGGCGGCUGAAUAAACUCAUCCUGCCGCUGCAGCAGGGUCCGGAUCUGACCCUGGGUCAGUUCCUGAAGAUUGUGGAGGAGUGUUGUCCUCGGACCGCAUAUGCAGUGAAUCUAAGGCUGCAUGAAAUGGCAGACGGCGAGCUGAAAGACAUGGAGUACUUUUUCUCCACUCUGCCCACUCCAUUCACCCCUUUUGAUUCAGAGGCUUAUAAAACCAGCGUUGUGGGUCUUUUUAUGAGACACAUGCUGCUGGCCUACAACAAGCUGUCCUUCAGUCAGGUUUACAAGCUGUACAAGUCCCUGCAGCACUAUUACCACAGCCACUAUGCCAAGCCCAGGGACGGGCAGGUGGGGCUGCCCACGCUGGCGGCAGAUGACUCGGAAAUGGACCUGACCAGCGUUGAGGAGACUGUGGGGGACAGAGAGGAGCUGGACACCCCACUGCAUGAGUCCGAACUCCGAUCUGAUAAAGCUGCAAACCGAGGUCCUCUUUCUCAGAAACAGGCGGAAUACUUCCUCGCUAAACAGGCGUAUCUUCUGAAGAACGAUGAGAACAAAGCCCUGAAGCCUGCAGUGCUGCAGGAGGAGCUCAACAACAUGCUGAAGUUUAACCCGGACUUCGCUGAAGCGCAUUACCUGAACUACCUGAACAGCAUGAGAGUCCAGGACAUCUUCCUCUCUGCUCACAGCCUCCUGCAUUACUUCGACCGCCUCAUCCUGUCCAGCAGCGAGGCCAAGAGCAACGGAGACGAAGGCUAUGGUCGAAGUCUUCGCUACGCCGCUCUGAAUCUGGCCAGCCUGCACUGUCGCUUCGGCCACUAUCAACAAGCAGAUCUGGCUCUACAGGAAGCUAUCCGCAUCGCCCAGGAGUCCAAUGACCACGUGUGCUUGCAGCACUGCCUGAGCUGGCUUUACACGCUGGAACAAAUGAAAGGCUCUAGUAGCACAGUGCUAACUCAGGACUCAGUGAAAAUGGCCGCUCAUUUCUGCCUGCCGUACUUGGGAUCUCUGGACAUUCAGUCGCUGGUCCAGCAGGGGGCGAUGCAGGGCAAGGCUGCACACAAGCUGAUGGACGCUCUGAAGGACACAGAGAUCCUGCACUGGAAGCACAGCCUGUCGGAGCUGAUCGAGAUCAGCCUGGCUCAGACCACCUCCAUAUGGAGGAUGUACGGAAAGAGCACCAUGGCUCUGCAGCAGGCCCAGCUUCUCCUCAACAUGAGCAGCCUGGAGCCGGUCAACUUCGGGGUCCAUCAGAACAACACGGAGGCAUUUGCUGUAGCUCUGUGCCAUCUGGCCGAGCUGCAUGCUGAGCAGGGGCUUUACAAAGCUGCUGCAGAGGUUUUCCAGCAUCUGAGGGAACAGUUUCCUCCUCACACACAGCAUUCAAAGCUCUGGAUGCUCUGCGAACUGAAAAUUGAGUUUGAGAGACACAUGAACAACAGGAAGUACCAUUUAGCCGAGCCGCUGGUGAAGGCGAUGUCUGCUCUAAACCAGACGGAGGGGCUUUACCGGAAAGCACAAGUCCUGAAAGCCCUGAACCGCAGCACCGAGGCAUACAGCAUCCUGCAGCAGCUGCAGGUUCAGUGUGAGAAAACCAAAUCCACGGAGAUCAUCAUCAGGGUGAUGCUGUCCACCGCCAAGCUUCACUGGGAGUCAUCCAGCUUCUCCACGGCUCUUCCUCUCCUCCUGCAGGCUUUGGCUCUGGCCAGGAAGCACCACCUGCAGUCGCUGGCCUCUGAGACCGUCCUUCAUCUAGCCUUCACUCAGCUGAUGCUGGGCAUCCCUGAGCAGGCUCUGGCUGUUCUCCAUGAAGCCAUGGAGCCCAUCCUGGCCCACGGGGCCGUCAUGGACCGAGGCCGCGCCAUGCUGCUGGCGGCUCGCUGUCACAUGGCCGUCGCCCGGCUGAAGGAUCUGCAUUCAGCGGCGCUGGCGGCUGACUGUCUCAGCGAGGCGGAGUCGUAUUUCUCCAAGCUGAGCUGUAAGGAGCGUCUCCGGGAUGUCCACUACCUCCAGGCGCAGCUCUACCGCACGCUGGGACAGACACCGCAGAGCAACAGGAGCGCCAUGAUGUUCAGGCUGCUGGACCAGGAGCUGCAGUCUCCAGCACCGCUCGUCUACAUGCAGCUGUGA